CCUCCCCUCAGGUGUCGUGGGCGGAGAAGAACGCGUAUCAAAAUGGCGCCGGCAGAGCCCGCCUUCCCUCCGGCGGAAGCGGAGUGACGGCAGGCGACAGCGACAGCAAGAUGGCGGCGCCUAGCCUGCUGCGUGGGGGGUUGCGGCGGUUGUUCACCGGGCUGUUUGGCAGCGGUUGGACGUCGCCGCCGGCCCGAACCCUCCGGGAGGUCGUGGAGGUGACUGAAGGCAAUACGACCACAAUCGAAGGGAGGAUUAUAGAGGAUAAAGAUGCUGCAGCACCAACUCCUCCAAAUCCCACUGGCCAGUGUCCCAUCUGUCGCUGGAACCUGAAGCAUAAGUACAAUUACGUGGAUGUCUUGCUGCUGAGUCAGUUUAUCCGUUCUGAUGGAGGGAUGUUGCCACGAAGGAUCACAGGCCUUUGUUUGGAGGAGCACAAGAAGAUUACUGUCUGUGUGAAGAUGGCUCACCGUGCAGGUUUGUUGCCAAACCACAGACCUCCACUUCCUGAAGGGCAUAUUCCCAAGAAACCCAAACUCAACAGGUAUCUGACCCGCUGGUCCGUCAGGUCUGCAAAGCCCAUCUGGAGGAGGGGCCCCAAGUGGUGCAAAAAGCCCUUCCCAGUCGGACACCCUUUGCUGAAAGAUAAUGUCAAAUACACACAAAAGCUUCUCUGUUUAAACCACUAGUGGCCAGAACCAGCAUAGCCAGUAAGCACAGCUGUUUUCCGCUGUUCUGCUGUUUUUGCAGGUUUGUCAGUACCUCCAACUUUAUUAUUCCAAAACCUUAUUAGUAUUGUCUGCAGUGUGAAUGAGCUGCAGUCUGCUCCUCUAGGAGAAUACAAUAUUCAGCAAAGCAAAUGUAAUGUGCAGAAUGAUUUGGAGAAAGGAGGGGGCAAAGGUGCUUACCUCAAAGCCAAAAAGGGUCUGAAGGCUUUUGUUUCAUUAUGGUCCACAGCUGGAUUUGGAAAAGGAUGUUUCCUCCUUUUUCCAGCAGUGAACAAUGAUUCCCCAUUAACCUAUAUUUCAACUCAGAUUUGCCUCAUUUGGGCUUUUGUGCCUGGUCUGUGCUUCACUCCUGGAUAUAGCAAAUACAGAACGUUGA